UAGUUGUUACAACUUGUACUCCUAAUCCUAAUCCUAAUUGAAAGAUAAUACAAAAACUUGUUUUGGCACAAUCAGAAGUUUCAGAUCACAUAAUAUAAGUUAUACUUCUAGCUAGAGGUAACUCAUUCCAUUGCAGAACCAUUCUGCAAGGUUUUCUCCAGCCAACAUGGAGGCAACCAUUUCUGUCAUCCUGACUGAACUUGCAGGUAGAUCCAUAUCUUUCCUUGUAAGCAAAUACCUGAAUCAGCAAAAGCCGGCUCCAAGCGACGAUGAAAGAUUGGAGAACCUGCAAAGGCUGCUGCUGCGGUUUCGCAUCAUCGUCGACGAGGCGGAAGAACGGUGCAUCACCAACCAAGCCAUGCUGGAGCAGCUGAGCAUCCUGAGGAAGGAGAUGUUCAGAGGCUACUACACCCUGGACACCUUCAGGUGCAGAGCUCAUCAAGGCAAGGAUCAUCAUGGUGAAAGAGUUCUUGGGGACCUGGAGAACACCAUUGCUGAUGCUACUGAGUUCAUUGCAUUCUUAAGCAGUUGCCCUCGCCUUCAUCGUCAGCCGUAUAGCAUGUACUUGAUCUUGGACCAGUGCAUGUUUGGGCGCCAGACGGAGAUGGAAUAUCUCAUCAAUUUUCUCCUACAACCUGGGAAUCAUAGCACACUAGAACCAGGAGUUCUACCGAUUAUUGGUCCAGGGAGAGUUGGGAAGAGUACUCUUGUCGAGCAUGCCUGCAACGAUGAAAGGGUGCGCAAUCAUUUCUCGCAAAUUGUGUUCUUCACUCGAGCCGAUCUUGAAGAUGAAAGCAUUGUGGAUCUUAGAGAUGGCGGUGUAAUCAAACAUCGAAACCGUGCCUCGGGUGUAGGAAGGGUGUUGGUCAUUGUUGAACUAGAUGGGGAUAGGUAUUCAGAAGGACUAGAUAAAAAUAUCGAUGGGGUUUUAUUGGAAAGACUAUACUCGAUAUACAAAACUCGCAUUCCUCGCGAUAGUAAAAUCAUAGUCACAAGCCGAUCAGACAAGAUUGCGAGGUUAGGAACCACACCACCUCUCAGAUUACAGCUUUUAUCCAAGGAAGCCUACUGGUACUUCUUCAAGGUGAGAACAUUUGGGAGCAUGGAUGCUUCAGAGCACCCUGAAAUGGCAUCAAUAGCCAUGGACAUUGCAAUAGAAACUGAAGGGUGUUUCAUGGGUGCCAAUGUCUUCAGUAGAUUGCUGAGAUCAAAUGCCAACAGUCAUUACUGGAGCUUGGUUCUUGCAACCCUGAGAGAGUUCAAGAAGAAGAACCAGCAUAUUUGGUCAUUCAUGUAUGCUGCAGAUCAAAUUAAAGCUUUGGAUCGGGUGAAUGAACCAAGUGAAGAAGCAACUGAACUUCUUGUGAUUCUUGAUAACUAUCAAACAAUCUGCUCACAUGCAUCUUCCCACUGUGAAGCUGAAGCUGAAGCUCCCAAGAUAUCACUGGUAGAUGCUCUGUUUGGAAGUGUUAGGCCUCAAGGAAGAUUUGAUGCACUUGGAUGGAAAUCACAGAUAGCACCUUACUAUAGCUACAUGUAUAGUUGUGAGAUACAGAGGCCAAAGUGUUUGGCCGCUAGGAAGAACAAAAUGAAGAAGAAUGGUGGCUGAUCAUAUUAUGAGUUUUA